UGCUGGCAGACAUCAUCCUGAGAGACCCGGGGUGUGGGGGGAGCACAGCGGUCAGUGGACGAUACCCAACACCGCCCAACCUGCAGCUGCUGCCAUGGAGGAUGUGGAGUCACGCUUUGCACACCUUCUGCAGCCCAUCCGUGACCUCACCAAGAACUGGGAGGUGGACGUGGCUGCACAGCUCGGGGAGUACCUGGAGGAGCUGGACCAAAUCUGUAUUUCCUUUGAUGGUGGCAAAACAACCAUGAACUUCAUAGAGGCAGCUCUGUUAAUUCAGGGCUCUGCCUGCAUCUACAGCAAGAAGGUGGAGUACCUGUACUCACUGGUCUACCAGGCACUCGACUCCAUCUCCAACAAGAAGAGGGAAAAGCAGCCCUGCUCCGUGGGACCAGAUGGCAAGGAUGCAGAUGCAACCUUUGGGAUGGAGAAGGAAGAGUUCCUUUCCCUGGAUGACAUCAGCAACACCAGCCAGGCCAGUGUGGACUUGAAAAUGGACCAUCAGCCCAGUGCUGUGAAUGUUGUUCCCUUGACUCCAAUGUCUUUGGUUCCCCCAGAAGAGGCUGAGAAGACAAACAACCCUCUGUUCAGCCGGAAGGGGGAGAUCCUGGCCAGCAGGAAGGAUUUCAGGAUGAACACGUGCACCCCUCACACCAGUGGAGCCUUCAUGCUGGAGCUGGCAGGGCUCUCCCCAAUGUGUCUGCAGGAUCGGCACCGUGAAGAGAACAACGCCGCUGGGGCAGUAGGGGCACCAUCCUCUGUGGUCGGUGGGAGGGAAUCCCUACGUGCGAGCACCGGAGCGAUGCCUGUCCAGGCACUGAACUUCUCAGAUGAUGGAGGUGCUGCAGGACCAGAUGAUGACCACGAUGGUGGGGAUGACUUGCCUGCAGACCCUGAGGACAACAUGGAAGCGACUCCAGCUGCCAAUGAACGCAUUGAGCCACAGCGGAGUGUGCCCCAGGUGAAGGGUUACGUGCUGCGGCAUCGAGCCCCUGCUGAGGACCUUCAGCCCCACAUCAAGGAGAUGCUGGAUCCCUGGCAAAGCCUUGACCCCUUUGGUGACUCUGAGGACAAACCCUUCAGGAAAGGGAGGCCCUUCCUGGUGCCACAUGGCGUGGAUGACGUGGUUGGUAGCAAGAGGAAAAGGAAGGGAUCCAGAAAGCUUCAGGACUUCUUGAAAUGGUUUUCUGCCACCUAUAACAACAGUGCUGACUGCAGGAAAACCAGGAGGAAAGGACCGACGUUUGCUGAUCUGGAUGUGCUGUACUGGAAGCAGCAGAAGGAGCGGCUGGCGGCACAGAGGAAGCUGCAGAGCAGGAUGGGCCCACCCUUGUCACUACCACCAGAGCAUGAGGAAGAGGAGGAGGAAGAGCUGGAUGCGCUGGAGGAGGAGCGGGGCAACGAAGAGGAUGGGGAAGCAGCGGAUGACUUUGUGGAGCACGAGGACAUCCAGGAGGAGGAUGUGGAGAAUCUAGUCGAGAAAGCUAUGGCUCCCUGUGAUGCGGACGCGCUGAGCUAUGAGGAGCUGGUGAGGAAGAACGUGGUAAGUGCUGCGCCUGAGCUCAGGGCAGGGGGACAGCGUGGGUGCCGUAGGCGUCCCUCAUCCCCAUGUUGUCCUCUUCCUCAUUCUCCCUGUGUCCCUUUGUACCUGCAGGAGCUGUUCAUUGCCAAUUCCCAGAGGUAUGUACAGGAGACAGAGCUCUCCCAGCACAUCCGCCUUUGGGAGGACAAGAUGGGGCCGGCGCUGCAGGAGCAGGAGGAGCGCACGGCCUUCGACAUCCACAGCUAUGGGGACAGGCUGGCAGCUCGCUUUGGCAGCCUGGGUGAGUGGCAGUCCUUUGCCAGCCUGGUGGCCGGCCUGCCCCCCUUCGAGGUGUGCCGCUACAUGCUGGCCUCAUUGCAGCUGGCCAAUGACUACACCGUGGAGGUGGCACAGGACCCAGGGCUGGAGGAGGCGGUGGACACAGUACGGCUGCGGCUGCUGACACGGGAGCGGGCACACGAGCGCUUCCGCACCUACGUGGCCCCUUCAGCCUGCCCAUGAACCCCUCACCCCUUGUUUCCCCCCCAUCCAUUCUGUACAGCCCCCAUCCCCUACGAUCCCCCAGCACCAGGGCUCCCCUUGCUCCCAGCAAUAAA